GUGGCAUCUGAUGGUCCAGAUGCUAUUUCCUGUCCGGCGGCUUCAAUAGCCUCCUUCAUUUCCCAGUGGCGCUGCUCAUCGAAUUUACUGUGAUGUUAUCGUUCUCGACGUUAUCGGAGCAAACUUAUCGUAAUCUACAUUAUCGAAGCAAAACCUAUCGUAAUCGACAUUAUCGGAGCGAAGUUAUCAACGGUAUCGAGACAAAGUUAUCGGUUAUAAUCUGAAAUAGUAAAUAUUGAAUUUGUAAAUAAAAACUUGGCCUAAUCCAAAGGCCCGGCGUGGUAAAGCAUUCAAAUAACAUAUUAGAUCUUUUUGGUAUACCCACCAUUUAAGCCGAUAGAAGGAACUCGAAUUUAUUUAUUCUGUUAAGUGAGAACCAGCACCCACACUGAAGAUUCAAGAUGAAAGACAAAAACCAAAAGAAAUCCCAUAGUACUAGCUUUGAUCUUGACGAGAAACUCAAAGAUGACACCAAGAUUCGAGGUGUGGUCGACAAUUUUGCGGCAAGUCUCGAUACCUUGGAGAUUGAUAUAAAACGUGCCCUUUCUGCAAGAAGUUCUCCUACAUUAAGCCUGGAUGAUCAAAUUAAAUUGGACACCUUUUUGACAUACGCAAACAGUACUUUAUACUGGAUGCACCUCAAACUUCAGGGUACAGAUGUAUCCAAGCAUCCUAUAAUACACGAUCUAAAUCGAGCAAAGGAAAUGUUGGCGCGCGACAAGGAAAUAAAUGCAUCUCUGGCAGCCCCGCGACUAGAUAUGCCGGCUACGAAACGUUUCAUUGCCGCCGGAAUGCACACGCGUUUCGUUGAUAUGGACGGUGUUAUGGUCACAGAAGAACAAUACAAACGCAGCCUAAAAGACACUACUGCAGCUGCCGGCAAAUAACAAUCAUCCAGAAACUCUUUUCUGUUAAUAAUCAAUAGAUUUGCCUAUCUGCCUGUACAUAUAAACAACAAAAUCGUGACACACAAAUGUAAAACUAAACAUGUUGGCCCAUUUUGUAUAAUAAGUUUACAUAUUACGCAAUGUAUGUACCAUUUGAUUUAUAUAUGUAGGUUUUAAUACCAGACGUAGAAUUACAUUGAUAAUGUCGAUCGAAAAACAACUUCUAUAAAAACAAGUCUACUUAAA